UGCAUAUCUUUUAUGGGUUCUUUGGUUUUGUCUUGGGGUAGUGGAUUUAUCACGAUUCCGGAUGUCCAAAAUAUUACAAAGUUGGUGGCCUGUUUUAAUGGCCGUGCCAUUGUCUUUAUUUAUGUGGCUUGCUAAUUUAACAUUAUCGAAGCUAUGGUUUAAUGAAUUUGAAGAUUCCCAUGUAAUACCACCUACGCGAUGGUUAUUUUCCACGUCAGUACCAUUGGCCAUGAUGAUGAUUGCUUGGCGUCGCCGAUCUGUAGAUAAAUCUGGCGCAGCUUUGGGCUUAGUGAUGGCAUUUCUCUUGUCCCUAGCCAACCACGCUUUUUUUAUGUGUUUAGUUGCGUUUUUCUUUUCCUCUUCGAAAGCUACAGAAUUUCGUGGGUAUGCGAAACGUAAAAUUGAAACAAAUUUUAAAGAAAAAGGUCAGCGUAAUUGGAUACAAGCUUUGUGUAAUGCCGGUGUAGCUACUCUAUUGGCAGUAUUGUAUUUAAUUGAUUGUGGAUCUAGUGAACGGUCCAUAAAUUUCGUUAACGAUUUUCGAGCUAGCUGGCUGAGCAUAUCAGUAAUGAGUUCUUUUGCUUGCUGCAAUGGUGAUACUUGGGCUAGUGAAUUGGGCACUGCUUUAUCAUCAGAUGAUCCGUAUUUAAUAACCACGUUUAAACGCGUGCCACGCGGCACUAAUGGUGCAAUUUCCUGUAUUGGCUUAUUGGUCAGUUGGUUAGGUGGCUUGCUAGUAGGCUUUGCCUACUUUCUAACAGUACAUGUGACGGUUUUCGGCAAUCAAAUGCUUAUUAGCCCACCUCAAUGGCCUUUAAUACUAUUCGGUGGUUUAGCCGGUCUAUUAGGAUCCAUGGUUGAUUCCGUGCUUGGUGCUACAGUACAAUUCUCUGGCAUUAACGAAGAGGGCAAAAUUGUGGAAGAUCCCGCUGAAGGCGUACGACACAUAAGUGGUCUACGCAUAAUAGAUAAUCACAGUGUUAAUCUUUUAUCGAGCAUUUUAACAGGCAUAACAAUGCCGUGCCUAGCUUCAAAAUAUUGGCCGGAUCGCUAAUCUAUAUAUGAUUUUCAAAACAUUUACUAUCAACUAAUUGUGUGAGGUUUUUUGAACUGACUGAUUUUAAUGUGAGGAACUUUUCACGUUUUUGGCCCAAGUUUCAUUAUUGUUAAAUCCCAUGUCCUGUUUUAUACGGCUGAAAAAGUAAAAUACUCGAAUUGAUUUUGUAUUUGAUUUACUUUAUUGCAUUUCUUUAA